UAGUAAUUUUAAAAUUAUCCUAGCAAUUUAGUCAUUUUAAAAAUUUACGUACGUGGUUAAAAAGCCCCAUAUCAUUUGAGUUUGUGUUUUCAACUUUAGUUCAAUUAAACCUUUUGUAUAUCCAAAUAAAUAUUUUAUUUUAAUGAUGGAAUAGAUGGAGAAUACUUAUUUGUUGGAAUAUAGGAAGAAUUAUUCCAUGAAAAAAGAAUAGUGCAGUAUUCAAGCCUCUUUUGUUUUUUACCAAGUAAUUAGAAACUUCAAUUUUUUUAUUUUUUUGCCAUGUAAAAAAACGUCUUUGUCUUAUCGUUGCACUGAAGGAAUACCAAGGUCGAAUCAGUACGCGGUAGAAUUUCUACCAUUACAAGUUCAUACUUGCACGAGAGGCAUAAGGUCGGAACAAAAAUCAAAUACAAACACGCAUCUUAAAUAAAAUAAUACUUUACCGAAAUACGGAUUAGUUUUGACUCAUAUCAUAUGCAUUAUUUUUUCUGCAUGCCUUGCUUCUUUUCUUGUUCCUCUGCAAAUCACACGGUUUUUUCCGGCCGCCUCUGCAUCAGCCACCAUCUUCGGAGUUGAUACUACGAGGACUCGGAGAGGUGCCAUGGAGCACCAGGAAGGGAACAAUGACAUAGAGAGCAUGGAGGGAGCAUGGAGGGCAGUCGAAAGAUAUGGAUCGGGAUUGAAUGGGAAAGAGGAGGGAGGAAGUGCAAGCGAGCCUCUGCUUAGGAAACUCACCGGGAACACCACAUCACAGAUAGCCAUCAUUGGUGCCAACGUCUGCCCCGUUGAGAGCUUGGACUACGAAAUUGUGGAAAACGAUGUUUUCAAGGAAGACUGGCGAUCGAGGAAAAAGGUUCAAAUAUUUCAGUACAUUGUACUGAAGUGGACUCUGGCUCUUAUGAUUGGCUUGGCAACUGGGCUUGUCGGAUUCUUUAACAAUCUUGCAGUUGAGAACAUUGCUGGGUUUAAGUUGUUGCUGACUAGUAAUUUGAUGCUUGAGCACAGGUACUUGACAGCAUUUUUCGCCUAUGGCGGUAUCAAUGUGAUUUUGGCAGCAGCUGCAGCUACCCUUUGUGCUUAUGUUGCACCUGCUGCUGCUGGGUCAGGCAUACCUGAAGUUAAAGCAUAUCUCAAUGGAGUUGAUGCUUACUCCAUACUUGCUCCUAGCACACUUUUCGUGAAGAUAUUUGGGUCCAUUGCUGGAGUUUCUGCUGGAUUUGUACUAGGUAAGGAGGGGCCAAUGGUACAUACAGGUGCUUGCAUUGCCAACUUAUUAGGCCAGGGUGGAUCUCGCAAGUAUCAUCUCACAUGGACAUGGCUCAGAUACUUCAAAAAUGAUAGGGAUCGAAGAGAUCUUAUAACCUGUGGAUCUGCAGCAGGAGUGGCAGCCGCCUUCCGAGCACCUGUUGGAGGCGUGCUCUUUGCACUUGAAGAAGCAGCUUCUUGGUGGCGAAGUGCACUUCUGUGGAGAACAUUCUUCACAACCGCUAUUGUUGCUGUAGUAUUGAAAGGCUUGAUAGAGUAUUGCCGUAGCGGAAAAUGUGGAUUAUUUGGCAAGGGAGGACUAAUAAUGUUUGAUGUUAGUUCAAGUGUUUCAACAUAUAACACUCAAGAUCUGAUAGCUAUUGUUGCUAUUGGAUUAAUUGGCGGAGUAUUUGGAGCCCUCUUCAACUAUCUUGUAAACAUGACCCUUCGAACAUACAGCUUUAUCAACAAGAAAGGUGCCCCAUUCAAGAUUCUCCUCACUAUCAUCAUAUCUCUCCUCACAUCAUGCUGCUCUUAUGGGUUACCUUGGUUUGCCAGCUGCAUUCCUUGUCCUGAGGAUCUUCAAGAGGAAUGCCCAACCGUCGGCCGCUCGGGCAAUUUCAAAAACUUCCAGUGCCCCUCAGGUCACUACAAUGACCUUGCUUCUCUCUUCCUCAACACCAAUGAUGAUGCCAUCCGCAAUCUCUUCAGUGGCGGCACAGAGAAUGAAUUCCGCAUAUCCAGCCUUUUAGUCUUCUUCGCCGCAAUUUUCUGCCUUGGAGUUGCAACAUAUGGCAUUGCUAUUCCUUCUGGUCUUUUCAUUCCUGUUAUACUUGCUGGUGCUACUUAUGGAAGGAUCGUUGGCACUCUUCUUGGUCCAUUAUCAGACCUUGACACAGGUCUCUUUGCCCUUCUCGGAGCAGCAUCUUUCCUAGGUGGAACUAUGAGAAUGACAGUUUCUGUCUGUGUUAUACUUCUCGAGUUGACCAAUGAUCUUCUAAUGCUGCCUCUGGUUAUGUUAGUCCUCCUCCUAUCCAAGACAGUAGCUGAUUGCUUUAACAGGGGGGUCUAUGAUCAGAUGGUCAAGAUGAAGGGGCUUCCAUUCAUGGAAGCCCAUGCAGAACCCUACAUGAGGAACUUGGUAGCAGGGGACGUGAUAUCAGGACCUCUGAUUUCCUUCUCUGGUGUGGAGAGAGUAGGGAACAUAGUCGAAGCACUGAGAUUCACUGGUCAUAAUGGUUUUCCAGUGAUCAAUGAACCCCCCUUCUCAGAUGCUCCUGAACUUGUUGGGCUGGUACUGAGGUCUCAUUUGCUUGUUUUGCUGAAGGGAAAGAUAUUUACCAUGGGAAGGGUAGAAACUGGGGUAGAAGAAGUGUUACAAAGAUUUGGACCCUUUGAUUUUUCAAAAGCUGGAUUAGGCAAAGGGCUGAAACUGGAAGAUUUGGAUAUCCUUGAAGAGGAAUUGGAUAUGUUUGUUGAUCUCCACCCCAUCGCCAACACAUCACCCUACACAGUCGUCGAGACAAUGUCACUAUCUAAAGCUGCUGUCCUCUUCAGGGAGCUUGGACUCAGGCACCUGUGCGUUGUGCCAAAGACUCCAGGGAGGCCUCCUAUUGUUGGAAUUCUCACUCGGCAUGACUUUGUGCCAGAACACAUUCUUGGGCUGUUCCCUCAUGUCUCACACCGUCACAAAUAGUCAUUGUUACCACCGCAGUCUUAGGGUUUAUCCCUAUUUUUGAGAAUGUUUGACUAAAUUUAUUAAAAAUAAUUUAUAAAUAUUUGUAUGUUAGAUUUUAUUUUAAAAAUAAAUUGUUAAAGUAUUGUGUAAAUUUAUUA